AUGAGAGGGUCAUACGAGUGGAAUCUCACAAUUAUCACAAUUGAUACUUCAGGGAUGAUUGCGCGACAAGAACACUUGAGAUUUAGAGAUAGUAAACAGAAAUGGAAAAAGAAGGUAGAUGAUAGACCGGAGGAGCAAACAAUACCUUUGCUGACUCCCUAUCAAAUGGGACCUUUCCAGCUCUCUCACAGAAUUGUUUUGGCACCUCUGACAAGGAUGAGAUCUUAUGACAAUAUUCCGCGGCCACACGCUAUUUUAUACUACUCUCAGAGAGCUACUAAAGGAGGUAUGCUCAUAGCAGAAGCCACCAUAGUUUCUGAAACAGGCCGUGGGUAUCCAGCUAUACCAGGCGUUUGGACAAAGGAGCAAGUUGGGGCCUGGAAACCCAUUGUAGAUGCGGUACAUGCCAAAUGUGGUAUCUUAUUUUGCCAGAUUUGGCAUGCAGGACGGAUUUCAAAUUACAGUUAUCAGCCCAAUGGACAAUCUCCAAUCUCAUCAAAAGACGAGCAACUAACUUUCAAAGUUCAAAAGACCGGUGUGGAUGAUUAUGAGUAUCCAGCUCCACGAUGCCUAAGAAUAGAAGAAAUUCCCAAGAUUGUCAAUGAAUUCAGGUUAUCCAAUGCUAUUGAAGCUGGUGCUAGGGUAAUAUUUCUCGAAAAAUCCUCCAAGAAAUACAAUCCAAACGCGCUGUUAGCCUCAGCAAUCACAACUACUCGCUUGGGCUGUGGCGGCCCCAAAUCCAACACGGAAGCUGCUGCGGCGGCGCAACUUCACACAUGGGCCACAUGGCCAGUCUUUCGAUGA